CUGUGCUGUGUUGAUUGUCCUGAAGAAGGAGGCUUGUCACCUUAUGUAUUUGCUUUAAUGGUUAUCUUCUUUCUGCAACAGAGGAAAGAGCCAUUUCUACCUGUUUAUUUGGGAUCAUGGAUUGGAGGAUUCUCAUUAAACAAUUUAACAAACUUUAAUCUUAAAGAAGUUGAGAAUGAUACUGUGGUUUGGGAGUAUAACCCCACUGAUGAUUUUGAUUCGCCAAAAGAAACGUCUCCUAAAAAGGGCAAGAUCAAGUACAGUGAAAUCAAGUUACAUGACAUUAUUAACAAGUGCAUAUUCUAG